AACAAACACGACUUCUAUGUCUGUUUUAGGGGGGAGCUCCCUCUCUGAUGGUCAGCCAGCAGAAGCAGCAAAAAACAUCAGCAGCAGCAAGUCCAGUUUUCGUCGUCCGCGCGAUUGUCGUUUGGCCACCUUUCAUCCGAACAGCUCAAGUCGGGUUUCUGAUGUUGGAUAUCUCUGUAGGUUUGGCAAGUGAAAGAGAAGAAAGUUUAGCCAAAAGCGUCGAUUCGUCUAAUUCGAACGGUGGUGUUUUCCAAAAGUGCAGUGAUCGUAAUUAAACUACCUCGCUUGUACUUACUUUGGACAUCGAGCGUCCAGUGUUGUCAGUGCAAUAUGCGUAAUUCAAUUAGCGAAUUAUAAAGGUCGAGAAUGGAAAUCAAUUGAACCGCCUACGUCAGCUGGAAUAUGCAACCUGUUUCACAUGCGUACGAACUACCUAAACUAGCAAGGCCACACUCAAAAGUACAAAUGUGCACCAACUAUUUUUAUUAGCUCAAGCUAGCUACCGGUAGUUAAUUUUGCGAUUGUGUGUUUUUACGAGUAUUUAUAAAAGUUGAGCCGUUUUGAUGCAACUGCAAAUCGAUCGACAACAAAGUUUAAUAUUCGAAUCGAAAUGGUUGUGGCAGACUACGGUGGCAAUAAUGGCAAGAUUGUCAACGGUACCGGGGGUAACAGUCUCAUGCACUCCAACUCAUUCUACAUGCAAAAACAGGAACAACUUCGUCGGAGACGCGAGGAAGAGGAAAGGAUAGCUGCUCAGAAUGACUUCCUACGGAACAGUCUUCGGGGUUCUCAACGGCUACGAGCUUUGCAGGACAAUCCGGUCGUUGAAAAACCCGCCACCGGUGUCGACAAUGAGGCGUACGCUGAUGACGAGGAGCCGGAGAAAAUUAUUGGAUAUAACGAAUUAGUGUCGGCGUUGCAGCGAUUACAAGGUCACCUCAACAAGCAUGGUCUGGCCGCACUCGCUGGUAGAGUUACAGCGGCACAGAGCUUGCUGCUGGGUCCUGGAAUUGCACGUGCUCUUGCAGCCAGAACUGCAGUCCUUGAACGACGGCGACCACGUAUUCAGAAUCCCAUUUGCUCAAAUGCUCAAGCGUUGGCCAAGGAUUGUGUCGAAUCGCUGGCUCAAUCCAACUCAACUGCCGCGGUAGAACUAUGUGAUUUGCUAUCGACCUACGAAAUGGAAGGACUACUUUUGGCCCAUGAUCGGAUCGCGUCUACCACCGAUCGAUCGCCAGCGUACGGCGUCAGUGCGAACUCCGCAGUGCCAUUGUCAUUGAACAACAACACGAUGACCAGCACCACACCGGUCAAACCGUCAUCAGUUAUGCCAUCUAUUCCAAAUAACACUAGCUUAGUCAAUAACAAUAACAAUAAUAUAGCAAAGCGUGAACCCAUGAGCGUUCCUUUAGGAGUGCUGCGAGACGGCAGUCAAGAUCACAUAAGGAUAAUACAAAUCGAAAAAUCCUCAGAACCAUUAGGAGCUACAAUUCGUAACGAAGGGGAAGCGGUUGUUAUAGGACGAGUAGUUCGUGGUGGGGCAGCAGAGAAAUCCGGCUUAUUGCACGAAGGAGACGAAAUUCUAGAAGUGAACGGUAUUGAGAUGAGAGGCAAAUCUAUAAAUGACGUGUGUGCCCUUCUCGGUGCAAUGACUGGUACGCUCACGUUCCUCGUAGUUCCAGCUGUAAGGCCUCCAGUCGAUCCAGGAAUUCGAGGAACCCGAAACUGUGCGGUGCUGCAUGUCCGAGCUCAUUUUGAUUAUGAUCCGGAGGAUGAUCGAUACAUCCCUUGCCGCGAGUUGGGAAUCAGCUUUCAGAAGGGCGAUGUAUUGCAUGUGAUAUCCCGCGAUGAUCCCAACUGGUGGCAGGCGUAUCGUGAAGGAGAGGAAGAUCAAACGUUGGCAGGGUUGAUACCUAGUCAAUCCUUCCAGCAUUUGUGUGAAUCGAUGAAAAUGGCCAAUGCUGGUGAUGUAGGUUUGCGAGCACGUCGCGAUGCCAAUGGGAAAGCGGGCGGAUUCACUCUACUAUGUGCACGGAAGGGGCAGAAAAAGAAGAAGAAGGCCAGUAGCGAACACGGAUACCCUCUGUAUGCAACCACCACAGCCGAAGAUCCCGACCCGGAGGAGAUUCUAACAUACGAAGAAGUUGCCCUAUACUAUCCUCGUGCAUCUCACAAACGACCUAUCGUACUUAUUGGACCGCCCAACAUUGGAAGACAUGAACUGCGACAAAGACUCAUGGCUGAUUCGGAGAGAUUUGCAGCUGCAAUACCUCAUACAUCGCGACCCCAAAGGGAGGGUGAAAUACCUGGUCAGGACUACCAUUUCAUAUCAAGGCAACAGUUCGAAUCGGAUAUCCUGGCUAGAAAAUUCGUCGAACAUGGCGAAUAUGAAAAAGCCUAUUAUGGGACCUCACUGGAAGCUAUUCGGGCGGUUGUGGCAAGUGGUAAAAUUUGUGUGCUAAACCUACACCCACAGAGCCUAAAACUGCUGAGGUCAUCAGAUUUGAAGCCUUACACAGUCCUGGUGGCGCCGCCAAGUCUGGAGAAGCUUCGUCAGAAGCGAAUACGAAGCGGCGAACCAUACAAGGAAGAGGAGCUGAAGGAAAUUAUUGCAACCGCAAGAGACAUGGAAGCACGUUGGGGGCACCUGUUCGACAUGAUCAUAAUCAACAAUGAUACAGAACGGGCGUACCACCAACUGCUGGCCGAAAUCAACUCACUCGAACGGGAACCACAAUGGGUGCCAAGUAGCUGGCUACACAACUAAGAUAAGUUAGGAAGUCAGUGAUUCGUUCUCUACUUAUGGAUAUUUCUUCAUUUUGUUAAUUGUAUGAUAGAAGAAAAUACCUAUUGUUUAAGUCUGAUAAGUCUUAGUGAAGCGUAUAUGAAAGUAAAUUAUCGUAAUUUAUGUAAGUAGUUCGCAACACAUUCCACGAACAGAGAAAGAUCCAUUCCUAUGCAUGUACAAAUCGGAAUGACGACGAUCGCAUACGAUUACUAUAUAGCAAAAAAAUCAAAACAAAACUGCAAAAUAAAAUCCAAUUUAUAAAAAUACGUCUAAGCCACGUUGUUAUUUUCGUUUUUAAAACAGAGUAUAUAGUUUAUUUUAUACAAACAUAGAUUAUUUUGUGUAAAAAGUACUUAGCAGCAUUGUUUUAUAUGUAAAUUUUAUUUAUCUAUACAAAUAUUUGUACGAUAAUGGAGAAAAAACUGAACACAAUAAAAGCAAUUUCUAAAUGUUAAAUAAAAAAAUAGUCAAACUCAAAAACCCCUUACAUAAUUCAAUAAAAGUAACGCAUUACAAUAUUCAAUCUUAAAUAACAAGAAAUGAAAAAACGACGAAACAUUCCCUUGAACCAGUUCGCAACAAAAGUAUAUAUGAAAACCAACAACAAACACAAAAAAGUAUUCGUGUUCACAAUUUACUCUAGAAGAACAAAUAAAAUACAACAUACUAUAGGCGAUAACUAGCAGGUAUAACAAAUUGAUGAACCUUUCAAGGAAAAACACCCCACACAGAUUAGUAGAGCGUUACUGAGCAAAAUACAUAAAAAAAAAUCUAACUUGAAUUCAUUUCUUUCAAUACAAAUCAAGCAUGAGGAAAGAGGGCGAUAAACACGAUAUUUUUGAUACGUAUCCGUUAGUGUGUGAAAACGAAAUCCUUUGCCAAAGGUAGCUACUGAUGAAAUAUUUGAGGAGUUUGAAGAAAAAAAAAAAUAGUUGACAACAUUCUCUCCGGUCCGAUAAAAAUCGCCUUCGAAAACUACACAUAAAUGAACAAGAAAAUGAAUAUUAUUACGCUCAAUAUUAUGCAUGUAUAGUCGUAAAAACGAAUAAUAAACCACCAACAGAAAUAAAGAAUCGUAAAGAUGAAUAAGUAUUAUA